AUGCCUAUGUCUUCUCUUCCGGCAGCCAUUUUAUCCCAUAUGAUAGCUGUAAGCAAUGUGCCGCCUCCUCCACUUCGCAGUAUUCCAAACUUGCAAAAAUCUAGGAACAUUGAUUAUGGUGAGUUGAAUGCAUUAUGCCACAUGAGAGGAAAACAACACAGUCGCUCCCGAACCAAUAUUCUAUCAGCGCACAAUGUGUUUAUGAAGCAAUAUCCUAAAAUAUUCGUGCAGAAAAAAGUCAGACUGCCUAAACUUUUCAAAGAGGAAGAGAAAAGAAUACCUGCUGAAGACACAGAAGGAAGUAAACCUCCGCAACCUGAUGAUUCUCACAACAUAGCUAUCCAUGUUAAGAAAGCACGCGGUGGGCACACGUUAUACGGACCAAAAAAGUAUGAAGAGACGGUAGUGCAAUUCAUGGCUAUUUUAAAGAAACUGCCCAUUCACAGGACUCCAUUUGAACACAACAUUGUGUGGAAGAUGCUGAAAACGAUUCCAGAUUUAACCUCUCAACUACUUGAUGAGCAUCUGAAAAUACUUAGUAAGAAUGUCAUUUCUGAAACCUGGAUAAAAGGCAGCACAGUGAUUGGAAAUGAUGGAUUUUAUAUAAUACUGAAAGGCCUAGCCCGACCUCAAACACAAAUAUAUAAAAAUCUGAUUGAAGAACAUGACUCUACAACCUCUUUCAUACCUCAGAGUUUUCACAGCUUUGUUUUCAGUGAAGACAUCAGAAACCCUCUGUUGACUGGAGUUGAUCUUCCUUCCUAUGAUGAGAUGCUUGGACAAUGGAGUACCUUUGGAACCUUGGAAGUUGCAGCUCGUAUUGAACCAGAAACAAAGGAGUACUCAGUGGUGACAGAAGAAGACUGUGAAAUUCUUAAAAUUCCAGCAAAUAAUUAUGCAAAGUUAAAGACGGAAAAGACAAAACUGGAAAAUCAACAUAAGGUUAAAUUAAUCCAUAAGUGCCCGUAUUAUGUGGAGUGGCCUACUUUAUCCAUAUAUGAACUAGUUACAUUCACUAAAUGGAAAAAAUUUCCCCCAGGUCAUGUGAUUGUGGAAAGUGGAAAUAUAAUCUCUUUUGUGGCUUAUAUUAAUUCUGGAUAUUGUAAGAUUUAUAGAAAUAUCAUAGGAUUUUCAAAACUACAAUCAAGAAAAGUGAAAAAAAUUCAGAAACAUGUUUAUAUGGGUAGACUUAAUGAGAAGGAGUCUUUUGGUGAGAUAAGUGUUCUUCUUCAAGUUCCUUUCACCUGCACAAUAGUUACUGGAGAAGACGUUGAGAUGGCAAUUAUUGAAGAUAAGGACCUACAUGACGAAUUAGGAUACUCAGGUUGGGAGGGCCUCCCAGCAGAAGGACAGCAGACAGAGUGUCAGCACACGUGCAGCCUAAAGGUGACGUGCCGAGCUGGUGCUGAAUCCCGAGCUUUUGAAGCUGGAGAAGGUUGCCCACUUAGGAGGGCUGCCCCUUUUAAAGACUGUCAGCCCUGGAAUAGAGGGAAGAUCCCUUCCAGAGGGUCUAGAAAUGGCAUGCAAGAUUUUGGAGCUUGA